UAUAUUGCAUACUUCCAUUUGGUUUAUAUUUAUCAAUUUACAUUAUGGAUAAAUAGUGAUAAUCUACGCGAAAGGUAAAAUCACAACCCAAACAAUAUAUUAAGUUAUUGUACUUCUUGUUGUUUGAUAUGAUAUUUUUAAAUUACUUAAUUAUCAAGUGAGGGUAAUACGAAUUUUAUUUGGGCGCAUGUUUUACUUUAAGAACAGCUAUUACUAAUUGAGUUUAAUUACAUAAGAAAGAAAGCAUGAUGAAUGUGUAGCUAUAUCUUUGUAAGUUUGUAAUAUCUUUCAAAUUUUCACGAAUUUCCUUCCCAUUGAUAUUUUUCUAAAUUUAGAAUAGUUGGGUAAUUUUACAAUGAAACAAUGCAAUUCACUCAGUUUACUGGCCAUUUAAUGAACAAGUGUAUAUAUGUAAACGGGAAUGGAAAAACAAGAUAGGGAGCGUUUGAGAAUAUACAGAGCUGACAUAAUCAACAAUCUUGAAGCUGGCGAUAUUUUAGACUACCUUCAUGAAGAUGAAAUACUGACGAAUACGGAUUGUGAACUAAUUUUUAGUGGUAAAACGAGGAAAGAACGGUCAAGAUUACUGAUCGAUACAAUUACACGACGUGGUCCAAAAGCUUAUAGCUCUUUUACACGAGCUCUUAACCUAGGAAAGUAUAAGUUUCUGAAUGAGAAAAUUUCCUCUGGUCAAUGCAGGUAUACUAAAAUAUUUCCGAAGAAAAGAAAUGUCCAUGAAAUUCAGAACUCAUCCAAUACAACUAGUUCAGUACCUAUGCAUGGGAUUAGAACCCUGAUUUUGGAAAAUGUUGAACCAAAUGAUAUUUUAGAUAUUCUGUAUAAGGAGCGAGUUAUCUCUGAAGACGAGUACGAAACUGUCCGGGAAUGUAGAACAAGAAGGUCUAGAUGUUCUAAACUAUUAUACCUGCUUUCGCUAUGCCAUCAAGAUAUUGUCCUUCCCGUGUUGAAUGAAGCCUUCAACUCAAAAUAUGAUUUCAUUAAAACAAUCAUUAACCAAACAGUAGAAGAAGGUAAAUUCCAAACCAAUAAAUUGCUUUUAGAAUGUGCAGAGAGUUCCAAGCAUACAUGUAUUCAUGAUCGUCAUCAAAAAUAUAUGAACGAUCUUCCUUGCAAAAUAUGUGUAGGGCAAAUAUCAUCUGAUGACUGCAAAUGUUACAUGGCGGAUGAUAUAACGUCCUUCAAGACUUCAGUAUUAGAUAAAAGAAAUUGCCGUCAGUUAGUGUCAAAUCAUCCUAAACUUUCGACUGUGCAAACUUUCCGACCAAGGCAUUCACGAAACAGACGGAGACCGUCCAAAAAGUCUUCAUCGCUUUCACCUGUACCAUUUUCAGACACAGAUUCUACAUCUAGUAUUAAGACAGAUAUAAGAUCGUGUUUUCAGUCGACUUACAUGGGGAAUUCAAAAUCGAGAAAACUAUUCAUUUUUAAAGAUCUGUCAAUACGGCCCCCUUUAGAACAACACCAACAUUUACUUGUGGCUUUCAACUAUUUAAGUACAUUAAUUAACGAGGGCAAAUUUGAUAUUUUUCAGUGUUAUUGCGAUGGGUUAAAGCAUAAAUAUACCGACGACUAUGAUCUUAACUGUUUGAUCAUGUAUUUACAAGCUAGUAGAGAGCUUUUUAGAGCAGAUUCUGAUAAGGCAAAGAAACUGAUAACUAACGCACUCGAAAUCGUACCAAAGACUUCUAAUCCUAAGUACUUUACAACAGAAUUGUUAUCUGCCAAAUCUAGAAUGUUUUUAAGUAAGAGACAGUUUGAAAAAUUCCAAACAACAAUUGAUGAUGCUAAAAUGAUUGUAGAAUCAGAUCCUUUAAGCUGCACUGGCCAUGCAGCUGGCUGGUUGUAUCUAAAUGAUGCUAGAUAUUCUGCAAUUCAAAUUGGAUGCAUCAAUUUUCAACAGAGAAAUUCAGCUAGGGCAUGUAAACUGUUACACAGCAAAGCCAAAAACAGUUUUAAGAAAUCGAUAUGUCAUUUCCAGAGAGAUGUUGGAAAAGACGGUCCUUUUGGCUUCGGAUAUGCAUUAUGUCGUUUGGUCAUUUUGCUUCUUCAAUGUGGUGAUAACGGACGAAUGAUGGAUAUACUACACCCUUCAAGUGGUGGUAUCAAAACAGCAGAAAAGUAUCUGAAAUUAUUGGAAGAGUACAUAAAAGAUAUGCCUAAAAUGUUGAAAAUGCAUGCAGAUUUAGCAAAGUGUGAUUAUUAUUUUAGAAUUAAAAUGCCACAAUUAGCACUGCAGUAUGCAACAUCAGCACACAAACUCAGCAACGACUUACAAAUGUUAGAAUUUUCUAAGCAUGCACAAAACCGACUUAUUAAAUUGAAUGGUAUCCACCAUUUGUCUUGAUCCGAAACAAAAGAAUAAACUGAAGAUCGAGAAGCAUUGUGAAACUUUGUACUAUAGAAUUGUUUACAUUUAUGAAAGGGUGUAGUGAAAUCAAAGAAACGCUUCAGAAAUUCCUGUACCAAGUCAGGAAUAUGACAGUUGUUUUCCUUUCGUUUGAUGUGUUUGAGCUUUUGGUGUUUUGUCAUUUGAUAAGGGACUUUCCGUUUUGAAUUUUUCUUAGGGUUCGGUAUUUUUGGUAUUUUACUUCAUAUAAACCUUUUCAUUUAAGUUUAUUUUUUUCACAAUUUUUUAUAAAACAUGGUCUUUUAGUUUAUGAAUAAAAUAUGUUAAACACUCUAGAUGAUGACAAAGAAAAUAAUUUUUUUUAAAUGCAUCCCUUUUGGUAAUGUUAUCUAAAUAAAAUCAGUAAACUAUUGAAUGAAAAUAAAUAAACAUUUUAAACAUUUAAUGCAUCUGAUGUGCUUUUCUGGAUAUAACCAUCAUCAGGAAUGCCCAACGCCAAACAUUGUAAAGUCAGGGCGUAUAACUACUUGAGGAAAUUUAUUACUAAAAGCACAUAAAAAGACAAGCAAAGAUUUUUCGUUCCCUAUUGUUAAUUUUCCCCUUUUGGAUGGUGAUGUUCCUUUGGCACCAUCUUACGGUGUUUAUAUUUCACAACUCGUUCGCUAUGCCCGUGUCUGUUGUGACGUUUUUGAUUUUAACGAACGUAAUUUAUGUAUUACUGGUAAAUUAUUAAGCCAGGGAUUUCGUUACCACAAAUUACUUAAAACCUUUACUAAAUUCUUCCACAGAUAUAAUGAUUUGGUUUUGAAGUUUGGUUGUACCAGGAACAUAUAUAUUGACUAUAUAUCUAGAUAUAUGUUCCCAGGUUGUACCUGUAGAAAACUUAUUUCAAACGGGAUUGCACAUCCUCAUUUUUACGGCAAUAUUGUUUAUCGUGCCCGGAAAUUUAGAAACGAUCCUGGUAAACCUAUCGAUCCUUUAAAUAAACUUAUUCUAAAAGGUUACCAAUUCAACACUGUAAUUAGAUCAUUAAAUAUUAUUUUUAUUGGUACUAAUAUUGAUUUUGUUAUCAGUAAAUUAAAAGCAAACUAAA